AUGUUUUACUUUAGUUAUCCUUCACGCCCGGAUAUCAAGAUAUUGAAUGACUUUUCAAUUCACAUUAAACGAGGAGAAUGCGUGGCUCUCGUGGGCUCUUCUGGAUGCGGCAAAUCUACAAUACUCCAACUAUCAUCUUUAGGUGUCGUAGGUCAGGAACCCGUACUAUUUCGAGGCACCAUUUUUGAAAAUAUAGCUAUUGGUUGUCCAGAGGCAACACUGGCAGAUGUUCAAAGAGUUGCAAUUAUGUCGUAUGCCCAUGAAUUUAUCACAAAUCUCCCGAAGGGUUAUAAUACAGUUAUUGGAGAGCGCGGUGCAUCGCUUUCUGGAGGUCAAAAACAGCGCAUUGCGAUUGCACGGUCGUUGCUCCGUGACCCGGCAGUACUUCUUCUAGAUGAAGCUACAUCUGCACUUGAUCCUCACUCGGAGCGACAAGUACAGGCUGCGCUUGACCGCGCCAGCGCCGGCCGGACUACUAUCAUGGUAUCUCACAGAUUGGCGACAAUAGUCAACGCGAAGCGUAUUAUUUGCAUGGACAAAGGCACAAUCGUAGAACAAGGUUCUCAUGAAGAGCUAAUAAAAAAUAAAGAAGAUAUCACACCAUUACCAGAAGAAGCUGAAACUGAAGAAGAUGGUACUGAUACAGCAACUGAAAAUAGUAAACCGCGAACUGAUGAUGCCAAUAGCGAUAUAAGGAAACAUGAACAUCGUAAAAGAAUUCAAAAACAAAAUUCAGUAAUAGACAAUCAACACUGGAUGACUCCUCGAGGUUCUAUCUCUUCGGUGGUCUCAGUUGGCUAUCAAAGUUUUAUGUUAAAUGCGGAUGCCGAAAACAAAGAAAAUAUUGAAGAACAGGUUGAUGUAACCGGAUGCCAGAUAUUAAAACUAAAUUCACCUGAGUGGAUUUACAUCACUAUUGGAUCUAUUGCAGCAUUUGCUCAAGGAGCUUGCUUUCCAGUAUUUUCUUUACUUUUUGGUUACACAAGCGCGAUAUUCAUUCUAACGGACCAUGACCUACUACUGUAUUUGGCUGACUUAUACGCAGGCCUAUUUCUCGUAGUGGCAAGUGUUGCCGGAAUAGGCAUGUGUCUACAAAGUUUCACAUUCACAACUGCUGGUCUGAAAAUGACUACAAGAUUGCGAAUUCAAUAUUUUGCAGCUCUUCUCAGACAGGAAAUAGGUUUUUAUGAUAAGCAGAGUAAUACAGUAGGUGCUAUUUGCGCUCGACUUAGUGGCGACACCGCCGAAGUACAAGGUGCCACAGGAUUGAGAAUUGGUAUCAUAUUGCAAGGAAUUAGUUCAGUUGCGGUCGGUAUCUUAAUGGGUUUCGGUUAUGAUUGGCGAUUAACUCUGGUUUCAUCGGCAUUUUUACCAGUGAUGGUGGGCAGCAUUUGGUUGGAGGGUCGAAUGUCUCAGAAAUCGCAAUCUGACGAGCAAAAAGCACUGGAAAAUGCCACCAGUGUUGCAACAGAAGCGGUCGUUAGUAUUAAGACAGUGCAAAGUUUAGGCAUAGAAAUGGUUUUCCUAGAGAAAUUUCAAAAGUCUUUAGAUGAAGGUUGUGCUGCAAUUUCACAGAAAUCGCGGUGGCGAGGUCUCAUCUUGGGCAUGGGUAUCUAUAUACCAUUCGUAGCGUAUUCCUGUGCUAACGUCUAUGGUACCACCUUGGUAGCUAACGGAACGCUGGAGUAUAAAGUUGUACUUCUGGUAACAGAAUCUGUUAUGUUCGGAGCUUACAUGUUGGGUCAGACACUAGUUUAUGCGCCGAGUUUCAAUAAUGCCAGAAGAUCUGCAUCUAAAAUAUUAUCAGUGGUUAAUAGAGUGCCUGCAGUAAGGACAGAGGAUGGCGUUAAGGAUAAACUAGAUUGGAAUGCAACUGGCAAUUUCAGCUUGAAGGGUGUGGAAUUCAGCUAUCCAACUCGAAAAAGGCAAAAAGUGCUAAGGGGAAUAGACCUUAAGAUGGAAGCUGGAAAAACAGUAGCCCUCGUUGGAUCUUCCGGAUGCGGCAAAUCGACCAUAUUGCAACUAAUACAGAGAUUCUAUGACCCAGACGAAGGAGCUAUUGAAUUGGAUGGAGUCAACGCCAAGACUGCCUUAACCCUCCCGCGGUUACGGCAACAGCUAGGUGUAGUGCAACAAGAGCCGAUACUCUUUGACCGAACGUUAGCCGAGAACAUUGCUUAUGGUGACAACAACAGAAAAAUCAGUAUAAAUGAAAUUAUAGAAGCUGCCAAAGCCGCCAACAUACAUUCGUUUAUUACUUCUUUACCAAAGGGCUACGAUACAAAUCUUGGUUCUGGCGGUGCGCAGCUGUCUGGUGGCCAGAAGCAGCGUGUAUGUAUAGCACGAGCCCUCAUCAGGUCGCCUCGACUGCUUUUGCUAGACGAAGCCACGUCGGCGUUGGAUGCAAACAGUGAACAAGUGGUCUCGGAAGCACUUGAUAAAGCAGCAGAAGGCCGCACAUGCAUCACGAUUGCCCACCGACUGUCAACUAUAAAAAACUCAGACCUAAUCUGUGUUUUAGACAAAGGUAAAAUUGUGGAACGCGGCAAUCACGAAGAACUUUUAUCAAUCCAAGGAUUAUAUUACCGUAUGUGCAAAGGACAAAACAUGGCAUGA